CUCUAUACUCAAGAAUCAAUUUGAAUACAAUGGCUCCAAUUACUAAGAAGACCGAAAAGGCUACCAGAAAGUUCGUCGUUGACUGUACCACUCCAACCGAAAACGGUGUUUUCGACCCAGAGUCCUACGUCAAGUACUUGGUUGAACACAUCAAGGUUGACGGUCAUCUCGGUAACUUGGGUGAAUUAAUCACUGUCUCCACUGAAGGUUCCAAGGUUGUCGUUGUUGCUUCCACCAAGUUCUCUGGUAAGUACUUGAAGUACUUAACUAAGAGAUACUUGAAGAAGAACCAAAUCAGAGACUGGAUCAGAUUCAUCUCUGUCAAGAAGAACGAAUACAAGUUGCAAUUCUACUCUACUUCCGUUGACGAAGAAGAAGAAGAUGAGGACGAGUUGCUUGAGAGUGAAGCUGCCAAUACCUCGCUUGGAACCCCCAUAAGACCCAAAGAGUUGGACAUCGAUGAAGGAAGCGAUUCAGAUAACGAGUGGAAGGAGAUCGAUACUCAAUUGAAUUGUGGUGACAUAUACAAUCUAAAAGGUGAAAAAGUUGAUUUUUUUGCGCACAAAAAGUAUCAAAGAGCCCAUUUAGUAAACAGUGACACUUCCAAGCAAAGUUACACUCGGAUCGAUGAAGAAGAGCAAGCUAAAAAGUUUAAUGAGAUGGACAAAAAGUUCGAUUUCUUAUUCCAAAAUGAAAACUCAAAUUUAAGAAAACUACACAAUGCUUCCAGUGGCCAUGAUUCCACAGAUACCUUAACCAAAACAACUGAUGAUUUUAUGAACAAUGAUAAUUUUGAUGAAAUCUUCGGGAAUGAAGGACACGAUGAAAAUGAGAUGAAUCCCGAAAUUCAAAUGAUGUCAACCAAAUCUAUGUUGAAUGAUUCCCAGAAAAUUGCUUAUGCUGCCUUGUUUGCAUCAGCCAUUGGUAUUAGUAAUUUAGAAAUUUACCAGUUUGAGAGACGUAUCACCGACUCUUUGGAAAUUGAUGAGGCUUUUGAAAUUUUAAACAAUAAUCAAACAUGGGAUGAAUCAGAUAUAUUGAAAGAACAUAAAAAGAGGCAACGUAAUGCCAAAAUAGUCAAGGUUGCACUUGCUACUGCUGCUGGUGGUUUAGUCAUUGGUCUUAGUGCUGGCGCUCUUGCUCCUGUGAUUGGUGCUGGUCUUGCAGCUGGUCUGACAACGAUCGGUAUAUCCGGUACUGGUGGAUUCCUUGCCGGUGGUGCUGGUACAGCUAUUAUCACCACAUCAGGUGUCCUGUCUGGUAUGCGUGCGGGUAAAAAUGCCAUGCAAAACAGAGUUGGUUCCGUGAAAACAUUUGAAUUCAUCCCAUUGCAUAACAAUAGACGUGUUAACUUAAUUAUUACUGUUUCUGGAUGGAUGUCUGGUACUAUGGAUGACAUAAGAUUGCCAUUCUCAACAGUUGAUCAAGUAAUGGGUGACCUUUAUUCCUUGUUAUGGGAACCAGAAAUGCUAACCAGUAUGGGUCAGACCAUCAACAUUUUAGCAAAUGAAAUUUUGGCACAAAGUAUUCAACAGAUUUUGGGUAGUACACUUCUCAUAACUUUAAUGGCAGGUUUACAGUUGCCUAUGAUGCUUUCCAAAUUAGGAUACCUAUUAGAUAAUCCUUGGAACAACUCAUUGGAUAGAGCUUGGAGAAGUGGUAAAGUAUUAGCUGACACUCUUCGGAGAAAUAAGUUAGGUGUUCGUCCAAUAACGCUGGUUGGUUUCAGCUUAGGAGCUAGAUUGAUUUACAGUUGCUUACUCUCUUUAGCUAAGAGCGGUGACUUCGGUAUCAUAGAAAACGUUUACUUAUUUGGUUCUCCCUUUGUUAUCAACGAAGACGAAAUUGCUCAAGCUAGGUCAGUAGUCAGUGGCAGAUUUGUCAAUGGAUAUGUGAAACAAGAUUGGAUUUUAGGGUAUCUAUUCAGAGCAACCUCAGGUGGCUUGCGUACAAUUGCAGGCUUAUGUCCCAUCAAUGAGGAGAAAUUUGAUGUUGAGAAUUUUAACUGUGCUGAGUUUGUAAAAGGACAUAUGCAGUACAGAGAAGCUAUGCCGAAGCUCUUAAGAAUGGUUGGAUGGGAAGUUUUAGAGGAUCAGUUUGUGGAAAUUGAGCAACCUAAUCCUGAGGAAGAAGAAAGACAAAGAAAGUUGAUAAGCGAUUUUGAGAAAGCACAGCAUAGUAAAAAGAAAAAAUCGUGGUACAACAAAAUUUUUGGAAGAAGAAAUAAGGAAUGGUGGGAAAUGUACGAAGAAGGUGAAAAUGAAGUCUCUAAGUUUCAUAAAAAAGGCGAAGUAUUCGAUAUCGAUGCCUUGAAAAAAGAGGUUGAAAAUAUUGAACUGGAAGCACUCAAAGCUAAAAAGAACAAAGCACCUGAACAGAUUCAAAAGAAUGAUAACGAAAAUGAAGAACAGAAAAAGGUAGA